GGAGGAGAAAAGAAAGAUAGGUGGCUUCGGCUUCUCUCUUUCUUACUCACCACAGCCCCUACGCGAAAAUGUUUAGAUUUCUCAUCAGGCAUAUCCCGUUUGACCCCGGGUGGGUUGGAAGCGUGGGACCUCUGAAGGACCCCGCCGCUCCAGUCCUCCGGAAGCGCAUCGCCGUAGGCUGGGGCGGCGGCCGCACUAACUGGGGGCGAUGGAGUGGAGAUACGGUGGUUGAUCCUGUUGCUGGCCCCUGGGACCCGGACCUCGCCCCUGCCGGUGUGGGGAAAGCUCGCCCUACGCCAUGGCAGCCGCCGUGUCCUCGGAGCCUUUCGAGAAGUUGCACGAGAUCUUCCGCGGGCUCUACGAUGACCUGCGAGGGGUCCCCGAUAGGCUCCUGGGGACCGGGGGGACCGAAGAGAAAAAGAAGUUAAUCAGAGAUUUUGAUGAGAAGCAACAGGAAGCAAAUGAAACGUUGGCAGAGAUGGAAGAGGAGUUGCGCUAUGCCCCACUGUCUUUUCGAAAUCCCAUGAUGGCCAAGCUUCGGAGUUAUCGCAGAGACCUGGCCAAGCUCCAGCGGGAGGUCAGGAACACUCCGCUGACAGUGCCACCUGGAGGCCGAGGAGAUAGCAGAUAUGGAGCAUAUGCCAUAGAGAAUGAGUACAUGAAUCGGCUGCAUCCUCAAAGGGCAUUGCUUCUUCAAGGCACUGACAGCCUGAACCGAGCCACUCAGAGCAUUGAACGAUCCCACCGGAUUGCCGCUGAGACUGAUCAAAUUGGUUCUGACAUCAUUGAAGAACUGGGGGACCAAAGAGACCAGCUGGAACGCACAAAGAGCCGACUGGUGAAUGCAAAUGAAAACUUGAGCAAAACCCGAAAGAUCUUGCGUUCAAUGUCUAGAAAAGUGGCGACCAAUAAACUGCUGCUUUCCAUGAUUAUCCUUCUGGAGCUGGCCAUCUUGGGAGGCCUAGUCUAUUACAAGUUCUUUCGAAAAUAAUGAAAAUCCCUGCCUUCUCUUUGCCCACCUUGUGGAUCUCUAAAUCAAAGAGCUAAAGGACCAACUUUACUGCUAUGGGCUAGCAGUUUAAGCACUCAGACUGUGUGUGUAAGAGAGAAGGCAGACAACGAUUGGAAAUGUGAAGUAAUGGUAACAAGGCUGGGGUGCUAUACCAAGGUAACAAAUGCUGUGUUUAUUAGUUCUUUAAAUUUAUAGAGUGUUCUAAUAUAUUAACUCACAACGAACUAAAUAAAAGAAAUUACAGAAUACAGUAACAUUGGUCACCAAAAACGAGGAAGCAUUUUUUUAAAAACAAUAAUGAGAAUUCUCUCACAAAGGCAGUAUCGACAUUGCCAACUUUAAUAUUCCUUUAAGUGCCUCUGUAGAACUCUGGAAUGCCCAUUGUGGAAAAAGCCUGUGGAAAAAAUACUGACUUCCUAAAUUCGAACACAUUCUUCACUGUCCGAUUCAUCUGGUGAACUGGGAGUGGGGAGAUGGUUAUAGCCAUCGUGCCGUCCUUCCCUCUUCUGGCCGAAGCUUGAGGCGAUUACAUCCACAGCCAGUCCAGCUGUGGCCUUCACUUCCUCCUCUGAAGUAGCCAAGAGAGGAUUGACUUCAACUAGAUCCAAGGCCGACAGCAAACCUGAGAGAUCAGAGCCACACAAACUCUAUGAUAUGACUCUCCUACCAAAGAGGUCAGUCAAUAGGACUCGGAAAAGGUAGCCAGACUUGAACUUCUUAUUUCAGGGGUGGAACUAGAUCUUAAUGGUUUUGCUGCUGUGUUUCACAUCCCUCUACUGGAAUAUAGCUUUUGCUCUAGCAAGUAAAAGUGGAAUUGGAAUGUU